AGUACCUAAAAACCAGAAACAAUCAACUUCAGUCAGCAUCUGCUGUAUUGCCCCUAACCCUCAUAUUUUCUUCUCUGAGCCAGGACCUCUAGUGAGAUAGCCAGAAGGGACAUGGCCCUUUAGCUGGGCCUUGAAGAUGAAGUUCAUUUAGGUGCUUUAAACCCUAGCAGGGGCUUCUGAGGCCCUUGAAACCAAAGGCCGUAGAGCCCCCAAACCAUACAUCACAAUAAGUGGGGCUGAGGGACCGCGCUCUAGCGCUCUGCACCGGACAAAGAUACCAGUAACAUCCUGGCCCAGCUUGGAAAGUUUCACUCCGGAACCUUUGUGAGCAAGCUUCGGGAUACCCGGGCUCUACUGGGCUAGGCGCGGCGACGGGGGCGGGGCCGGUUGCCAAGACGACGACUGAGAAGAUGGCUGCUAAAUCUUCAUCCGAUUCCGAUAGCGGCAGAGUUGAGAGCGAUGAGGCCAAUUCGAAAUGGCUGGACGCACACUACGACCCUACGGCCAACAUCCACACAUUUUCCUCCUGUCUGGCACUAGCAGAUUUGCAUGGGGAUGGAGAGUACAAGCUGGUGGUUGGAGACCUUGGACCAGGUGGGCGGAAUCCUCACUUGAAGGUGCUCAAAGGACCAACAGUCCUGACAGAAAGCCCACUCCCUUCCCUGCCAGCUGCCGCUGCCACCUUCCUCAUGGAGCUGCAUGAGCCUCGGACUCCAGCUUUGGCACUGGCUUCAGGCCCUUGUAUUUAUGUGUAUAAGAAUCUAAGACCCUACUUCAAGUUCACCCUGCCCCAGUUGCCUCCAAACCCCCUGGAACAAGACCUUUGGGACCAGGCAAAGGAAGACCGGAUUGACCCCUUAACUCUGAAGGAGAUGCUGGAGGGCAUCCGGGAGAAGGCAGAGAUACCUUUGUCUGUACAGUCACUCAGGUUUCUGCAGCUGGAACUGAGUGAAAUGGAGGCAUUUGUGAACCAAAACAAGUCCAGUACCAUCAAGCGGCAGACAGUCAUCACCACCAUGACCACCUUGAAGAAGAACCUGGCUGAUGAAGAUGCCAUUUCCUGUCUUGUGCUGGGCACUGAGAAUAAGGGGCUCCUGAUUAUCGACCCUGAGGCUUUCACUAUUUUGGCCGAGAUGGACAUUCCCAGUGUCCCUGUCUUCCUGGAGGCUUCCGGUCAGUUUGAUGUGGAGUUUCAACUUGCAGCUGCUUGCCGCAAUGGUAACAUCUAUAUUCUGAAAAGAGAUUUCAAGUACCCUAAGUACAGCAUUGAGCUGAGCGCCCAGCCCGUGGGGCUUGUUCGGGUACAGAAGAUCCUGGUGGUGGGCAGCACCCAAGACAGCCUGCAUGGCUUCACCCACAAGACACUGGCCAUUCCCUGCCAGGGCAAGAAGCUGUGGACAGUGCAGAUGCCUGCAGCCAUCCUGACCAUGAACCUCCUGGAACAGUGCUCCCGCGGCCUGCAAGCUGUUAUGGUUGGGCUGGCCAAUGCAGAGGUUCGCAUAUACCGGGACAAGGCCCUGCUCAAUAUCAUCCAAACCCCAGACACCGUGACCAGCCUUUGUUUUGGCCGCUAUGGGCGGGAGGACAACACACUCAUCAUGACUACUCGAGGUGGUGGCCUGAUCAUCAAGAUCCUGAAGCGUACAGCAGUGUUUGUAGAGGGAACAGGUGAGGUUGGUCCCCCACCAGCCCAAGCCAUGAAACUCAACGUGCCCCGAAAGACUCGGCUUUAUGUGGAUCAGACACUGCGAGAGCGGGAGUCUGGCACUGGCAUGCACCAGACCUUCCAGACAGAACUCUACCUGCUACGCCUCCGGGCUGCCCGUGCCUAUGUGCAGGCCCUCGAGUCCAGCCUGAGCCCCAUGGCAGUCACAGCCCGGGAGCCACUCAAGCUGCAUGCUGUGGUGCAGGGACUGGGCCCCACCUUUAAGCUCACACUGCAUUUGCAGAACACUUCGACCGCCCGGCCCGUGCUGGGGCUGCUGGUCUGCUUCCUGUACGACGAGGCACUCUAUGCCCUCCCUCGGGCCUUCUUCAAGGUCCCCUUGCUGAUACCAGGGCUCAACUACCCUCUGGAGACUUUCGUGCAGAGUCUCAGUAGGAAGGGCACCUCAGACAUUAUCAGGGUGCUGGUUCUCCGAGAAGGCCAGAGUGUUCCCCUGCUAAGUGCCCACAUCAGCAUGCCUGUGAGUGAGGGGCUGGCAGCUGCCUAAGGACUGGGCCUGCAUUCAAGCCCUAUGGAACGGAGCCAGCAAGAUCCAGCCACUUCUACUGAGCUGGGCAGGUUCAGAGGCCCUACACCACUCCCCACACAGCAGGGUGCCUGGCCCAACUUCCUGCUCCUCUCCCAAGCAGCGCCUUGCUCACCUCCUCAACCACUGCGUCUGUAGCAGCAGGUCAGAGAGUACCCAGGAGGCUCAGUGCUUCCUACCUCAGGACUGUUUCCCUGAGCUCUUGCAGCCCACCACCCUUCCCAGCUCUUUGAUAAAGCACACUGGAUUUCAAAGAAGUGCUCUGAGGUGGUCCAGAUGAGAAGAGGAGUGGCCAGCCCUAUAUUCCACGUCCCUUAGGCAUACAGCUCAUCUAGCACAGACCAAGGCCAGAACAGGUGAGGACCUGGGGAAAUCAGAGGACCUUCCUGAGUGAGACUGAGCCCACUGUCCUCAUUGAGGUUCCAGAGGCCUAGCUGCUAUUAGCUUAGCUUGCAGGCAAAGCAUGAGCUGUGGUCUCCCUCCUGUGCUGAGCCAGAGGCUCCUCUUCCCACCCAGCCACCAAAGAAAUGGCCACCUCCCGAUGAGGAACUUUCCAAAGUCUUGGACUCAACCAUCACCUCAGGCUUCUGAGGCCCAACAAAAGUGGUCAAGGGAAGAAGGGGUGCAGAAGGGCAGGGGAUGGCCCAUGUGGGGAGCUAGUGGCUCCAGCCCCUUCCAGCACUCCCGAAGACCACCCAGGUGUGUUCCUGACCUGAUGCUCAUGCCCUGAGGGCAUCCUUGGAGAGGAAGGCCAAGCCAGACAGCAGGGAUGGGGCCAGUGGCACUGAGAGAGGUAUUUCAGGGUCCCAGAAGGUGGCUUAGGAGACAGAAGC